UCUUGAAUCAUCUUUGAGUCUGUGCUUGCAUCUCAUUACUGCAAGUAGUUUGCGCUUUUACAGCCCUAUUGCUCGCAAUACUGCCGAAACCGUUUCUGGGUUGGUAUUCGAAUCUGAUCGACAUGCACCCCUCGGCUGACGACUUCAAACAAAUUUCCCUCUCAAAUCAACACGUGAAAGUCAAAGUCUACGUGCUGCUAUAUAUAUAUAGCUGGAUCCAAAAGAAAACAUGUCGAACACAACGACAGACGCUCUGGCUAAGAAGCUUUCCAACCCUGUUGGAGAAAAGUUGGGUAUCAAAGCAGAUUCAAUGAUCAGCUACAAGGACAUUUACCUCGGAUUCGCUCCUAAUUACGAUCCUUCUGUUAGCAUGACUUCUCUCAAUGGAUCCACUGGCCAAAAAGCUGCCACAUACAACGUCUACUCGCAACUCACUAGUGCGAAUGUUAACUCUGGCUCCUACAAUGGGAACGAUCAGUACCCUACUAGUGAUAUCAUUCAGUCCGGUGCAGUUCUAAUUGCCAGUUUGAUGCCCACCAUCAAUUGGACCGACGUUACCCCGGGCCUUUGCGAGUCUGUGGCAGAGUUCUUCAAGAACACCUUUACAAGUAAAGGGGUUACAGUUUGGCUGAGAUUUGCACAUGAAGUGAACUGGUAUGUCGUGAAGGGUUCUGGUAAUAACGGGAAUCCAGAAUAUCCCGGAGGAUACAACUAUGCCGAAUACAAAACUGCUUGGACGAAUAUGUACAAUGCAGUCAAGAGCGACAAGAAAAUCUUCAUGUACUGGUGUCCCAAUGUCGACACCUCGAGCGAACCAGUUGCUCCUUGGUGGCCAGGAAAGGACACCGUUCAACUUGUAGGCAUGGACUUCUAUCCCGUCUCCACCAACCUCCCAACUUUCAAGUCAGCAUAUGGCGCUUUCUACGAUACGUACGCUAAGGGCUACGACCUGCCAUUUGCCAUCGCCGAAACUGGUACCCAGACUUCCUCAGGUACUAGCCCUACUACGGAAGCAAAGGAAACUUGGUUGAAAGCCAUCAUCAAUCCUGCGAGUGGUUUUGCAGACUAUCCACUUUAUUGCAGCUGCACUUGGUUCGAGUAUGGUCCUCCCGCCAAUAGCAUCGAUUUCUACAUCGUGUAUCAGCAGUCACUGGAGACUGUUAAGGAGACCAUCUCAAACACUGCUGCUGGAAGCUAAGUCAAAUGACGGAAGAUGAUUUGCCAAACGCACUCUGUUUAGAGGUGUUUGACUGUUGAUGAAGUAGCGUUGCAUUUGGAAUACAUUACAGCUCCCUCCACUCACAACACUCUCUGAGUCGGAUAAAGUACUCAAUUUUUCAUUUUGUAGUGGCACAUCCUGUCUCAACACUCAUAAGAAGCCAUAG